UCAACUCAAUACUCAAUCUUUCCGUGGCGGUAUUGAAAACAAUGACAUAACCUGAAAAACAAUUUAAUUGUUUAAAAAAUGGACGUUGAUCUGUUGAGACCGGGAACAGUGCCGAUAUCACCGGAUACGAUAUUAUGGUUCGAAUUUUUGCUAAAUCCAUCCCUACUCGAAAAACAUCUAUCGAAACCAUACCCGGAUCCUUCUCCGACGGAAUUGAUGAUCAAAUUUAUGGGAAUAAAUUCUGAUCAGCGAGAAAAUGACGUUAAAAUCUUGGAUGCUGAAAUGGGAGAAACGAAAUUCAAUACUCUGCGUAAAUGGACUUUCAAAGGCGUAGCUUUGAAAAUUCUUUCAUUGAAAGUUGCUGCUUAUCUGAAAUGGGAUUUGGAUAUCUUAGAAAAGAAACUCCCUCUCCCCAUGCAAUUGACGCUGCUGCAGGACUUGUUUUUUAUAACGGGAGACGUUGUCGUGGAACUUCCAGCUUUGCCAGAAUUUUCCAUUUCUUCCGUCUCCAAACAACUUCUCUUUACCAUUGUUUUUUAUCAUCGAUGGCACAUCCGAGCGAUCGUCUUUCGGGCUCUGAAUAACAAGCAAAUAAAGCAACAGUUCAUCCACAUUCCAGGAAUUCAAGAGUCAACUUAUGUCCCACCAGGACUUGCAGAUGACAUUAUACGCAAACUUGAAGCACAUCUCCCCAACAGCCUCAAUUUUCUUAACAGUGUUCUAGAAUGUAACGACUUGAAGCCCAAAAUCCCUUCCAUUAAUACUUUCCAAAUGCUAACGGAGGAUACUAUGGAAAUUGUGCAGAACUGGGAUGAUAUGCAUAGUAUUACUUUGGAGGAAUUCAAAUGCCAGAUUCACUACGACCUUGCAGCCUUCCAUUUAUUGAGAGAAGAAUACAAAAUAGCGAGGCACCACGUAUUUCAAGCAAAAACUCUGUUCGAUCAAUUAGGUCCGACGGAAUCUUUGUUUUACUGCAGAGUACAAAAAGCUUUUUUGGACGGAUAUUGUUUAGCAACCGAAGUUCCUGUUCAGGGUCAUCAACCGAGUUUAACUCAACAACUGCACGCGUCGAUCAAGGACCAGUACACAAAUAUUUUGGAAAUUCUACAAAUGGACAAUAUUUCGCGAGAAAUACCGCAGGUUUAUCGCGACAAUCUCGAGCUCGAUAUUCAAGGCGGCUUAGUGAACAGAAAAAUAAUAGUUGCGCGAGAUCUUUUGCUGAGAAUUCAGUGUCUCAAUUUGUUGAGAAAAAUUCUCGAUGGUAAUGUCAUUCACGGAAAUUAUAUCGUUGAAAUAAAAAGCGCCGGGGAGAAAGGACUCGACGUUCUCUUUUGGGCCAUCGAUCACAUUUUGGACAAAAUCAAUGAGAAUGAAAAACUACGGAUAGCUCGAUAUCUUCACUAUUUGAUUCUCAUGGGUGACAUGGGGGAUCUUGCUCGCAGAAUUCUCUCGACUGAAAACUACAAAAAUUUGUUCAAUCAAGAAGAAAUAUUGGAAAUAGUGAAACAAUCAAAAACCGACGAUAUCGAAUUGCCGCCAUUACUAACGAACGACGAUUGGGGAGUUUCGUUCGUAACCUACACGCAGAGCCCAAAAUUCAAAGUAUUCGAAUUGGAACGUCGUUUAAUACUUUCGUAUGACGCUCGUGAGAUUCGUGAAAUAUUGAUACGUUUGGAUGGUGGAAAUCCGAUGAAUCCGCUUUGGCGAGUGAACAGUCGUUGGGAAUUGCCGAUUCCACUUCAGGGUGCAGUGAUGACAUUGCCACGAGGUUUUCGUCAGGAUUAUUCGUACGUGUUGCUGGCGAAAAGUCGAGAAUUGGUGCUGUCGAAGAAUUUUCUUGGUGCUAAAGAAUUGUUGAACGCGCUUGAUCAAGAAAUUCAGCAGCUGUCGCUCACCCCGGCGAACCUUAGUUAUAAACUCAGCAAAUUGUUGGGAUGGGAAUGCUUGCUGGUUGAUAUUUAUCAUCACUUGAAUUCGUGGCCAAAUAAUAGCGCGUGCGAUGUCAAAGCUCUCGUCGAACAAUGCAAACAGUGCAUAGGAUCGACCCAAUCCUCGGAUCAAGUUAUUCCUCGACAAGAAAUUAUCGAAUAUUGUACAGCUUUCCUUUUGGACAUGAGCGAAUGGGAUUAUUUGACAAGCCUUGAAAAGCGCUACAGUCAUUGCGAAUUCGCAGCAGCGAUCAGUUUAGUGUGCCAAGAUAUAGUCAAAGGAUCUCGCAAAUUUCGGCGAGACGUUUGGGAUUUGGUUCUCACGGUAUUCGCUCCGAAUAGAGAUCAGCCACAGAAACGUGGGAGCAGCGGAAAUCCGAGCGGAAGUGCAGCGAGGGACGCGAUCGCGAGCACAACAGGAAUUUUAAGCAGACUUCGCGAGCCAACCGUUCUCACAGUCGCUAUAUCGUUACUGGCGAGAUUACACAACGUUUUACGCGACGAAACGAGCCUCGAACUCUACGCACCGUAUCUCGCUCUAUGGCCGGGCGCUGUACCGAACUCAAACUCCUACAACCUCAAGACGAUCAGUGAAACGCUGUUUCAACUGCUCACCCAAGCUCUCAAAUAUUAUCCGACGAACAUUCCUUGGCUGAGAGUUAUGGGGGACCUGAAUUUCGUACUAGGAUUCUACGAAAGUGCGAUGAAGUACUAUCUCGAGGCGAUUAUGAUAGCGAGUGAUUUCUUCAGUCAGCCGGUGCCCAGAUCGCAUAUAGACGAUCUCGUUUAUCGAAGGAUGAUCAAGAGUUGCGCUCAUCUCCAGUGCUACACGCAGGCAGCGGUGUUGUGUCAAUUUUUGGAGGAAGUCGAUUACUCCUUGGCCUUCAAAAUGGCAGCUAGCGAUCAGAAGAGCUCAACGAGUGCGGACGCGAUGGACGCUUAUUAUCACUGCAUAUGGGACACAACGAUAUUGGAAUAUCUGAUUAAUUUGCAUACGAAACGAGGAGAGCAUCAUCGCAAACAAAUGGCGAUUCGAGUGAUUGGUCUACUGGAAUUGAACUCGAACAACAACGAAGAAAUUCAGAGAGAAGCGGCGAACACUCGGAAAGCCAAAUUUUUUCGUGCGCUCGCCAAACAAUACGUAUUUUGAUUGUUUCAUAAAUACAGCGGUUUUGUAAAUAUUAGAAUAAAGAUAAAAGGAGAGUUGAUAAGAAGACAGAA